UUCUUUUGUUAGAUUCACUCCUCAGCUUUUGCUGAGCGUGUAGUUGUUUUUGCUACACGCAGAGAAUGAGCCAAGCAGCUGGCAACGACGGACAGGCUGUCCCAGAAGGGGAGCCUGUGCACGUGAGCGUGCACACUGAAGCGUCAAGCUUCACACCUCAGCAGGCCUCUAAGCAGGCGGUCCCGGGCGUGGGCCCUAUUUUGGAAGCCAUUCCUAUCAUUCAGCUGCAGAUUGCGGCCAACUUCAUGAACUUCCUCCAGCAGAUGGCUGGAGCAUACGUUCCACCACCGCCACCACCGCCGCCACCAGCGGCGGUGGUCACCAUCGAGAAGCUCCGGAAGAACGGGGUUGAGGAAUUUUCUGGGCGAUCAGAUCACCGACCCCAUGAUUGCCAAGCGGUGUGGGCCACUUUUGACCGACUCUUCCAUGAGUACAUUCCGGAGCACUUCGUCGAGGCGAAGCGAGAGGAAUUCCUGAAGUUCACCCAAGGUGAACUCACACUGCCAGAAUAUCGUCAGAAGUUUGACGAACUCGCGGGGUUCGGGCAAGACCUCGUACCGACCGUGGAGAAGCGGUGCAAACGCUUCGUGGAGGGUUUACGUCCCGACCUUUCAACCCAUCUGAUCAUUGCUCCCCGGAGUGACAUCAACGCGUUGUACAAGAAUGCGUUGGAUUUGAAUGCGGCCCUCAUCAAGAAGGCUGAGUUUGAGAAGUCGCAGGGGACGUCAGCAGCACAAUCUCAUCCUCCUCCACCCCAGAAGGCGGGGACCUGUGGCAAGAGGCCCUCUGCAGCGCCCAGCAGCUCUCACCAGAGCAAGAAGGUGAAGUCAGCCCCAGCCCAGUUGAUGGCUAUAAACCACCGAGAGUAUGAAAUAAUAUAAGUUUUAGAGAGAGAGAAUGCAAAGAAGGAGUAUAUUGAUUUCAAAUUCCGAUCCAUUACAAUGAGGGGUGCCACCCCUUUUAUAGGGGGUACAAUACACUAAGUCAAAGCCCUCCGAUCGAGGCCCGUCGUUUAGCGGACGUCACCUGUCCUUA